GCAUCAACGUGACAUUUUUUGGAAGUUCGGGGCAUUGUCGACUUUAAAUUGGAUCACCAUGUUACAUUACAAAACAUUCGAAGCAUGCGUGGCGGUUGAUGAUAUUCAAUUGGAGGAAUAUGGCGUUGAGGUGUUCGAGGAAGAGAACAAGGUAACAUGUUGGAUUGCUUCUGAAGCUGGAAAACAGUUUGCAGUGAAGUGGCAGGCCACCGUUGGGGACAAUUCAAAGCAUAUUCAAGGAAAGGGGGUAGCGGGUCUGGUAAUGUUGGAUGGAGUCAAGUGUGGCGGGCGGUUGAUACCAUCGGUGCACGGACAAAGACGAGUCGAGACAAUCACUGCAGACUCGGUCGCAAUUUCUCGCACGUCUGUUAGGUCAUUCUUAUUUUCUCAUCUCAGCCUUACGGGUAUGUUCCACGUAUUACUUGUAUAUUUAUUAACUACAAAGUAUGCAGACGAUGAGGAGUAUCUACAUUCAGCGCCCAAGGGGCUUGGUGAAAUACAGCUGGAUUUUUGGGAUGUCCUGGGAUCAGGAGAGUGUCCGAUGCCAGAUAGAGAUGUGAGAACCGGGGAAGAAAAGAUUCACGAGCGUUCCAAGAAGGCAAUGACCCACUGUGUCAAAUUUGGUGAAGCGAGACCAUCAGCAAGUCAAAAUGUGGCGAUGGUGAAGUAUCUGAACCCCAAGCCUUUCGCUACGUUUGUCUUCAAAUAUAGAGCUUCUGGUAUGCUCAGAGCAAAUGGAAUCAUACCCACCAGAGCGGGAGAGAAGAGACCCGCAGAUGAAGAGCCUGCAGUUGAGAUUAUUGACGAGGUGAUUCAUGAUAUCAAAAAUGAGCAGGAUGGUGACCUGGUGUAUGACGAGUACUCGAGGCAAAUCCAAGCCAUGAAGGACAAGGUUAAAGAACUCGAGGAGAAGCGUUCUAAAACAAAGAGUCGCCCAACGAAGAAAGUCAAAACAGAAUCUCGUCCCUCGAAAGUAUUCCAGUCUGGAGAGAUCAUCGACCUUACGUAGCCCUCUAAUUUCAAGCGGUCCCAUUCAUACUUGUGAUGUUGUGGGCUUUCGUCAUUCCUUUUUCUUUUCUCUUUUCUCUUCAAUUCUUGACAUACGCAUCGCAUUUCUUGUCAGCAUCACCACGCAUUUCGCCAACGCUAAUCAAUUUGGUAACUUAAAGAUCUUGUUCUCUUUGUUGCAAUUGGCGGCCGUCUACUUCAUCUUCAUAUUAGCAGUUGUGUUAAAGUCAGCACGUUUUGCUGUAGGAAGCGUCGAACGCCUUCGAACUCUUGUUCUUGGAUUGCGAAUGUGAAGGUAUUACGCCAGAAUAUUUCGUAAUGAGUAAUGCGUCAGUUCUAGUGUUUUUAUUAUACUUUCCCAAUCACUACCUUUGCUGAUCACCUAU